AUGACAUCAUCACAAGACCCUUCAAUUCUCACUGAGACCUUUCACUACGAAACCUCAACUCAUGUAUACGAUGUCAAAUGGGGAACAUUAGGCGAUGAAGGCCUCCCUCCUCUAAUCUUCAUUCAUGGAACGCCUUGGUCGUCACGCGUUUGGACUGACUUCGCGGUUGCAUUGUCGCGCCGAUUUUGCGUUCAUCUUUUUGAUAGACCUGGUUUCGGUGAAUCGCCUCCAGAACUUUUAAAGCCGGGUCUGUUGCCCAGCAUACACCCUGUUGAACAGUUCGACAGCAACCUUGCGCGACAAGCAGAGGUUUUUGCUGCGCUCUUUCAAGAAUGGGAGGGCAGCUGGUCUUUUCCAACAGCUCAUGUCAUCGCUCACGAUAAUGGAGGUUUGAUCAGUCUUAGAGGAUAUCUCCUACAUGGAUUAUCUUAUGAAAGUCUCUGUCUGAUCGAUGUCGUGUCGAUGGGACCAUUUGGGCAGCCUCUUUUCAAGAGCAUGGCCGAAAACCCUCACAUCUUUGAACAACUCCCAGACACGGUAUUCGAAGGAAUUCUAGAGAGUUACAUCAGAGACGCAGCAUAUUACAAACUACCAAGCGAAACAAUGCAGAUGCUUAAGGAGCCUUGGACACGGGAAGGCGGCAAACAAGGUUUCAUUAGAGAGCUAUGCCAAGCUAAUUGGAGAAGCACGGGAGAAGUCGAAGGGCGAUAUGGCGAGGUUGGAUCAAAAUUACGCGUCAAGGUCAUUUGGGGAGCUGACGACAAAUGGCUUCCAGUCGAAGUGGCGUACAGAUUGGGAAAUGCAUUGAAGGCUGAGGAAAUUGUCGUUAUUGACAAGGCUGGUCAUCUGAGCAUGAUAGAUCAGAGUGGACAGAUGGGUAUUGAGCUGGGUACAUGGCUCAGCGAUACUUCCCAAGAGCAACGCUCAUAA